AUGGGUGACGUCUACAGAGAGACCCGCACUUAUCGCGAGCACGACCGGGAUCGCGGCGACAGCUCUUCAGACGAGGAGGACUACCGUUCCGCAACUGUUCAUCGCUACAAGGUGACCCCCAGCAGACCCGGCCAGUACGGGCGCACCACCACCGAGAGAAUCGUCACCGAGGUUGACGACGACCGCCGUUCUCGCACCUCCACCUACGGUCGCACUUCCGGCGACCUGUUCGAGACUGACCGUCGCUCCAACGCGUAUACCGGAGAUCGCUCUCGCUUCUAUGAGCCUGAGCGCGGUCGAGAGAUGCCGCCGCCUCCCCCCGGCCCUCCGCGAGAUGUUAGGUCACCCCGCGAAUUCUAUCCGCCGCCGCCGCCGCCACCACCACCCGCGUCGGACCGUCCCAGAGUCACCACCUACGAGACGAAGGAGGUCGAGCGGGUUGAGCAAGAUUGGGACCGGCGCUCUCGCUUUGACGGUCCGCCAUUUGAAGACGAGGUCAAGGUCGAGAAGCGCAUUGAACGCCGCGACAACGGGGACUACCGCGUCGAGAAGCGAGUAGAGGAGCACGUCGACGACCGCGAAGGCUGCGAAGUCGAGCGCUAUCGCAAAGAGACCGAGUACUACACCCCCGUUGACCCUCCGCCUGCGCCUGCCCCCGUCAUCAUCCGCCAGCGCGCUCCGGAGCCACAGCAGAUCAUCGUCCAAGAGGCAGCCCCUCCCGCUCCCGUCAUUAUUCCCCGCCGAGAUCCUGGGGUCGUCGUUAUCCGAGAGAGGGAGCAGCCUCGCGAACUCAUCAGAAGAGAGCCACACGAGGAGGAACACUACUAUCGCCACGAGAGACGAGAUGUUGGCCGUGGUGGUCGCGACUAUGCCGUUGAGCGAUAUGAUCGCCGCCGUCGCGAUCAUGACCACUAUAGCGACGAUGAAGAUUACUACGUCCGUCGCACUGUUGUGCGCCGUCGCGAGCGAAGUGAGAGCCCCCAUCACAAGCGCCACCUGGCAGAAGGCGCUCUUGCUGGCGCUGGUAUCACGGCCUUGAUCAAUAGCCGCCGAGAUGGAUACGGCGAUCUUCCGGAGAACCGAGGCCGAAAGGUGAUUGCGGGCGCUGCCCUCGGUGCUCUCGGUACUGAGGCCCUCCGGAGGGCGCACAGCGCCUACGAGGACCGAUGGCAUGACGAUGACGAGUCUCCCGAUCGACACUCCCGACUUAAGCAAGGCCUCGGAAUCGCUGCUGUGGCUCUCGCCGCUGCUGGCGCUGCCAAGUACUACCAGGCAAACAAGGUUGAAAAGGAGGAGGCGCACCGUGGUCGCAGCCGGGGUCGCGGUUACUCUGACGACGACUACUCUCGAUCUCGUUCGCGAUCUGUACGAUCUGUACGAUCCGUCAGGUCAACCAAGAGCAAGAGCAGCCGUCGCCGUAGUUUGUCGACUGCUGCCAAGGCAGCUCUGGGUACCGCUGCCACUGCAGGCCUCGUGAAGCAUUUGCGCAACAAGUCCAAGUCGCGAUCUGAAUCUCGCAGCCGCUCUCGCUCCCGCAGCAAGUCCCGUCUCCGUCGCGGCGCGGAGCUUGCUGGGGCCGCCGCAGCCGCCGGCGUGGCUAGGAAGGUGUGGAAGAACCACAAGAACAAGAAGGAAAACGAGAAGGAUUAUAGCAGCAGCAGCGACGAUGAGUACUACCGACAGCGGGGUUCGCGCAGCCGGAGCCGCAGCAGGUCGAUGGCCCGAUCCAACCGUACAGAGCGCGCCACUGAUCCUGAGCUAGGCUUAGUUGAAUACGGCAACGACCCGCUCGAGCCGUCGCGCCCUGCGUCGCGAGGUUACGAAUCUGAAGCGGGAGAGCGAAGACGCAGGCGACGUAGAAGACGUGACCGUGACGACUCACGAUCCUCUUCAGGGUCGGAUAAUCAUGAAAGGAAGCGUAGCAAGAGCCGGUUGCGAGAUAUGGCGGCCGCUGGAGCUGCGGCCAUCGGAAUCAAGGAAUACAAGGAUAAGAAGGAUAGAGAGAAGAGGGAGCAGAGGUCACGAGAGCGUCGUCAAGAGCGGGAGAUUGAGCGAGAGCGAGAGCGAGAUCGUGGUCGGGAUCGUGAUGGAGACCGGGACCGUGAUGGAGACCGGGACCGGAGCCGGAGCCACAGGUCCAAGUCCCGGGAGAACGGGAGACGCACCGAGUCUCGAGAUGACCGACCCUUUGAUGACCGUCGUACGCAAUCGCCACCGAUGGCCUCUGGGGGCGCCUACUACCCGCCUUAUCCCACAGACGCAGCUCCCGCACAGGGAGGAGCUGGGUUCCCUUCAUAUCCAAACACGCCGAGUGACUUCCAGCCUUAUGUUCCGCAAGACUACACUGGCUAUCCUCCACCCCCGGCAGGGGGCACCUUUCCACCUCCGCCGCCUCCGCCGCCUGGCCCGCCUCCUCCCCCAGGACAUCCUCCCUCGGGCGGUCGAAUCCUGCCUGAUCAAGUGAGUCACUCUCCCCAAAGCCUCUUUGGCUCGCGAGGGAUAGACGAGGCUGCCGUAGUCCCCGACGAGGCACGAUCAUCUAGCGCCAAGUCCGUGAUCUUCAUACCCAUGUCGCCUACGAGUGAAAUGACAAUGGAGAGGCACCACCGUGAACAAGCUGAGGCAGCGGCGGUCGAAGAAGAACGCCGACGAGUAGAACAGGAGGCUUCGGACAAAGAACACGGGCUAGUGCCAUUCCGUCAACGGCGGCGUCGUCGACAGUCCUCCUCGCCAUCAUCUUCUUCUUCGUCCUCCGAUGAUUCUAUCAGUGGCCGUAGACGGCGGCAUGGAGACGAUGACUCAAGCUCGGAUGGAGCAGUUGAGAUGCUGCCUGAUCGGUUCGACCAGGAGGGCGAACGACUCGACGGCCGAUCUGCUACCCACCACAGAUGGACUAGUCGGAGGGGCGACUUUGAGUAUCGCCCUCAACAUCGCGGAGGCUUGAAUGUCCGUGGAGCAUGGCAGGUCGCCGGGACUGAUGGCGAGAUGGUGGAGCGGUUGAUGCGUGGUGUAUCAGGCGCUUUGGAGGGCAGGAAAAGCUGGCUAGGCGUAUUGGGAGAUGUAAUCGGAAGCCUGGAGGGACCGAGGAGUCAAGCUGCGAUUAGGGACAACGGCAGGAACGAGGACAGGAACAGGGACUCUGAUGAUGACGAUUCUGAUGAUGACAAGCGAAGGCGAAGGAAAGAAGUGAGACGACGGAGGUGA